AUGGCAUCCUGGCUGCGUGUUUCUAGGGCUUAUCAGAUAUUCACCAGACAGGCUACAGCGCGAUACUAUUCAGAGACGCCCUAUCAGGCAGCGCGGAACAAAUGGCAGCUCGGAGGCGUUCCUCGGCCCAGGUCCAUUCUCGAGGACGAUGACGCCGUGAUAGAUCUCUCAGAAGACAACGAGGCCGUCAACGGCGCGCAUCCAAACACACCUCCAGUUCAUCUCCGCAAGCCAUCUGGCAAGGCCACACCCCAUGAGUACAAGGCCCACCGCGCUACAAUGCGCAAGUCCUUCCCAGAAGGCUGGGCACCCCCUCGAAAACUAUCGCGUGAAGCCAUGGAUGCACUUCGCCAGUUACACCAUGUCCAACCCGAGACGUUCACGACAGCUGUUCUCGCGGAUAAAUUCAAGAUCAGCCCGGAAGCCGUACGUCGCAUUCUCAAAAGCAAGUGGGAGCCAACCGCAGAAAAGCGCACGCAGCUCGCAAUCAGAGAACGCCGGCAGAGACAGGCGAUCAUCGAUGCUAGGAAGGAGAAAGAGUUUUCUGAGACCCAGACUGUGUCCCAGCUCCAGCGAAUGCUUCGCAAAGACAGGUUUAUCCGACAGAAGGGCGGCUCAGACCCUCAUUCCGAACAAACCAUCUCGGACACCCUUACGUUUCAAUGA